ACGCUCCAGCCAGCUAAGGUGGCCAGCAGCACAGAGCGCCUAGGAAAAACAAUUCUGUCAUGGAAUUGUCGAAAAUAUCAGACAUGACGAAACUUCACCAGGCCGUGGCAACAGGGGACUGCAAUUCAGUGAAGAAGAUUCUGAAGAAAGGUCUCUGUGACCCAAACUACAAGGAUGUGGACUGGAACGAUCGGACACCACUCCACUGGGCUGCAAUCAGAGGGCAAAUGGAAGUGAUACAUCUCCUGAUACAAUAUGGAGCCAGACCCUGCUUGGUAACUGAUGUGGGCUGGACCGCAGCUCACUUUGCAGCUGAGUCAGGCCAUCUGAAUGUACUCAAAACUCUCCAUGAACUGCAUGCUGCCAUUGAUGCUGCUGACUUCUUUGGAGAUACACCCAAGAGGAUCGCACAGAUCUAUGGGCAGAAAGCCUGUGUGGACUUCCUGGAGAAGGCAGAACCAGAAUGCCGGGACCACCGCCAGAGAGGGCUGUUGCUUGAUGAGCGCGACCCGGAUUGGGACCUCAAGAAAAGGGAGCUAGAGCAGUCUCUCCCCGCCCCAGACCGAAACACCAAUAAAAAGAGUAAUAAGAGAAUCCGAGCCUCCACCAGGCUCAGCCAUUCCAAGGCCUGGAGGGUAUGAGAAGGAGGAGCCCAGGACACAGACUCACCGGGACCUGGGACCCAGCCUGGAGCCAGAGGGGUUGUCUGGCUUCCUGCUCUUCAUAGAAUUCCACUCCGCCACCCUUACCUACGCCUCCACGGAAACCCACAGCAAACCAUUCAGUUGGAAAGUCCUGCCGCCGUGUUCUCUACCAGAGCCCGUGUCUCUGCCAAAACCUGAGAGCGUGACGCUAACCCCAGAAGCUCGACCAGGAGGGGACAUGGCAGUGGACAGCCAACAGCUGCUUGCAUUUUGUUUGUAGUGACUUGUAAUGUCAGCACGCCCUGCCCCUCACCCACCAACACACACAUAGUUACAGAGUGUUCGCCACCAAAGAAAGGGCUCUUCCAGUGAAAUUGAUCAGACGGCGGCAAAACGUGAAAUAAAAAGCAAAACAAAAACCAAGUUCAGGCUGGAGAAAGGG